AUGACGUCAGUAAUGACGUCAGUAUAUUGUCAUAUCUAUACAAUAUACUAUAAUUUUUUAUGCGUUUUUUGAUAACAAAGAACAUUAUAUAAGAUCAAGAUUUUGGAAUAUAUUAAGGUAUUUUACAAAAAAAAAGAAAAAAAAGAAAAUUAAACAAAAUGAUAAUGAUACAUUUCAUUAUUCAUAUAAAAUAAGAAACUUUGUAGGUAGAUUCUACAAAAUGUGCUUUGCGACAGCCGAUUUUGGUGCUCGAUAUUCAUUAAUUUGAUUGAAAAUCUAAGCGGCCUGAAUACCGUAAUUAAUUUUUAUAUCUUAAAUCAGUACGGUUUACCGCAGCAUAGUAGUGCUCUAUUUAAAUCUUGUACAUUAUGUUUCUUCGUAGCCACUGCAAACGAUUAUAGAAACGAAUUUAGCAAAAAUUUAAGAUUUAUUUUCAUAAUAUUGUUUUCAACCACAUUAUGGAAAUUAUGGUGCGAAUUAACUCAAUCUUUUGAAGCCAAUAUGCAAACUUUGUACGGCUGUUCUAUUAUGUGUUAUGAUUCUCACAAACUCCUAAAAGUUUUAUAUUCUUACAUAGUUCAAUUUCCAAAUUAUAAGUCAGAUUGAUAAUCUUUCAACUUGUAUUUCAAUGAAUGCGUAUUACUGCUAGCUACUUGUAGCCUGCUGAUCCUAUAAGAAAAUUAUGAUUAUUAAUUUAUUAACGACAGGUAUUAACCGUGAUCAGUUGA